UAAAAAUAUCAGUUACGGAAAACGGUUUCCAAGUUCUGCACAAGCAUGAAGCUAGAGCUACUGGUUCUGUUCCUGGCCACCGCCACUGCCCGCCGGCAUCGAAAUCGAACGACCUUGGCUCCGGACAACAUUAUCGUCAAUGGUUACAAUGCCUACGAGGGCAAGGCUCCCUACGCGGUGGGUCUCCGCCUGAACAAUGGAGCCGUAGGAGGCGGUUCCGUUAUCGGCAACACCUGGGUCCUGACCGCGGCCCACUGCCUGACAACCGAAUCCGUGGAGAUCAACUACGGCUCCAAUCGGGGCUGGGACGGGCAGCUCAAAGUGAAUGUGAACAAGGACAACUUCUUCCGGCACCCGGGCUACCCCAACACCGCUGGCCAUGAUAUCGGACUGAUCCGCACCCCACACGUGAACUUCAACGACCGGAUCAACAAGGUGGUUCUGCCCAAGUUCAGCCAGAAGGCCGAGCGCUUCGAGAACUGGUGGUGCGUGGCCUGCGGCUGGGGAGGAAUGGCCAACGGCCAGUUGGCCAACUGGCUGCAGUGCAUGGACGUCCAGGUGAUCAGCAACAGCGAGUGUGCCAGGUCCUAUGGCAAUGUGGCCAGCACGGACAUGUGCACCCGCCAAACUGAUGGAAAGUCUGUAUGUGGCGGAGACUCCGGCGGAGCAUUGGUCACCCACGACAAUCCGAUGCAGAUUGGAGUGAUUACUUUCGCCUCUGCGGGCUGCAAGAGUGGACCUUCCGGCUACACCAGAGUUACGGAUCACUUGGACUGGAUACGGGAAAAGUCAGGCAUUGCUUACUACUAACACGGAACUGGACAUGGCUUCUGACUUUAUAACUAUUCCUUAUACUAAUACCAUAUGCACCCAUUAUAAUAUAUUCCCAAGAUGAGCUCCAAAAGCAA